UUGCAGUAACACGCUUUCUUCUUAUUUUUUUGUGCUUUGUUGUUUACUUCUUUUGAUGCACCAAUUUAACGUGUUUUCUAGCAAUGAUUGUUGUGAGAUCGCAGGCAGCGAGGAUGACAGCUCGAGUUUAUUUCUUGUUGAUUGCUGUUUUAUCGUGUCUGUUUGGAUACCUGAACACGACUCGCACCAUUCAAAGACGAAGCACAGUGAAGCCGGGUCAGUGUCCCAUACCGGAGAUGAUUCCACUGUGGGCUGAAAGCUGUUUCAAUGAUGGACAGUGUCCGACCACACAGAAGUGUUGCCCAACCACCAGUGGCUUUGCAUGCAGUGAACCACGUGGUCCAGUACAGGGCAGCAAACCAGGCCAGGGAAUCCGACAGGGACAGAGUAGCAGACAAGGCCAGGCUAGCGGACGGGGCAGUGGACCAGGACAGGGAAGCGGACAGGCUAGUGGCCACGGACAGGGUAAGGGAAGCGGACAGGCUAGUGGCCACGGACAGGGUAAGGGAAGCGGACAGGCUAGUGGCCACGGACAGGGUAAGGGAAGCGGACAGGCUAGUGGCCACGGACAGGGUAAGGGAAGCGGACAGGCUAGUGGCCACGGACAGGGUAAGGGAAGCGGACAGGCUAGUGGCCACGGACAGGGUAAGGGAAGCGGACAGUCUAGUGGACAGGGACCGGGACAGGGUAAGGGAAGCGGACAGGCUAGUGGACAGGGACAGGGUAAGGGAAGCGGACAGGCUAGUGGACGGGGACAGGGUAAGGGAAGCGGACAGGCUAGUGGCCACGGACAGGGACAGGGUAAGGGAAGUGGACAGGGACAGGCUAGCGGACAGGGUAAGGGAAGUGGACCGGGACAGGCUAGCGGCCACGGACAGGGUAAGGGAAGUGGACUGGGACCGGGACAGGCUAGCGGCCAUGGACAGGGCCAGGCUAGCGGCCACGAACCGGGACAGGGUAAGGGAAGUGGACUGGGACAGUGUGGCUUCUCCAGUUAUCUACGAAGAAGCAAAUGGGCCAUCUACAUCGAACACAACACCAUCUCAGAGGGGCCGGGGCCGUGGUCUCAGCUGUAG